UAGGUAUGGCUCUGCCAUAUGUUUAUUGUUUACGUAUUGUGGAAACCAGAUGUUUUAUUCAUAUUAAAUAAAAUCUGUCAAAAAACUAUUAAUAUCAUAAAAGAAGAAUUGUUGCGGUUUUAAUGUAUAUAUAUGUUUAUACAUAUAUUCAGCAACUUAAGGCGUAUAGGGUAUUAUAUUAAAAGUAAAAUAACAGUACCCGUGAAUAUUUCUAAUCGAAACUUUGAUACGGUGAAGCAUGUCCAAAUCUACAAGUAAAGCGCCAUCAACAGAAUUUGAUGCCAAAUAUGGUAUUUUAGAUUUAAAUACCCCUCCACGUUCACCAAUGUGUGGCCAGUAUAAACAGAGCUUCGCGUAUUAUACAUUGCGCUCUCGACUACCAGUAACACUUACAAGUAUAAUCGAUAGUAUAACAAAAUACAAGGAUGAGCUGAUAACAGAGUACGGUGAGGAUUCUCGAGAGGAAAUUAAAAAUAUUAUUGGUUCCAUAUCAAAAUUGAAGUAUCAACUUCAAACUGAUAAAGCUCUAGAGCCUUUUGUUGGAAAUGAACCUGAUAGAGAAAUAUGGAACAACUUUAUAAAAAAUAUGAACGAAGAAAAAAAUAGUUUUUUCAAAGUUUGUUGGCUAUAUGCUGAGUGUUAUAUGUAUCGUCGAUUAUCUUCGUUUUUCGAAAACUCUCAAACGUUAACCAAUUUUGACUAUUUUGCUAAGCAAAAACAGAAUGCUCUAAUUAAUUCAAUUGGAUGUAUUGAAGAAAUUUUGAGUGUUCUGCAAGGUAUUGAAAUCUCUUAUGACUCAUUUCGGUUGAUGCUCAAGCUUAAUUUAUGGGGCAAUCGCUGUGAUCUUUCUAUUACAUCUGGUAAAGAGAUUCAACUGGGUAACAACCCUUUUGAUCUUUUACGAAGCUUUGACAAUAAAAUUCUCAUCGAUAACUCAAAGUCAGUUUUUGAAUGUCUAAAAUCAGAAAAUACGAAUAAACCAUCUAUUGUGGAAUUUGUGUGUGACAAUGCCGGAUAUGAACUUUUCACUGAUUUUGUUUUUGCUGAUUAUUUGAUAAAAAGUAAAUUGGCGGAAAAAAUCCGUUUUCAUUUGAAAGCUAUUCCUUGGUUCGUAUCCGAUGCUACAAUAAACGAUUUAAAUUGGACCUUUCGGUAUCUGCAAAAUCAAACUAUACCGAUUUUGAAAGAAUAUGGUAGAAGAUGGCAACAACUUCUAAAUGAAAAAAAAUUUGAAAUAGCAUCAUUGGAUUACUUCUGGACAAGUCCUUAUGAAUACUAUAGAAUGUGCAAUAUUAACCCUGAAUUAUAUGCGAAUUUAUCUGAAUCACGUCUGGUUAUUUUCAAGGGAGAUCUUAACUACAGAAAACUAAUUGGCGAUUUUUCAUGGAGCUUUACUGACCCGUUUACAACGUGUUUAAGAGGCUUCCUGCCAACGAAUUUAGUGAGUUUACGAACUGUAAAAGCUGAUUUGAUUUGUGGUCUAUUAGAAGGGCAAGCUGAAAAGCUAUUUGAAAUUGAUCAAAACUGGAUGACGACUGGAGAGUAUGGCACUAUACAAUUUAUGAUUCAACCGACGAUAUCUGCCGAAGCAGUGAUAACAAAUUCUUUAAGUGCGCAGUAAUUCCCGGAAUACAGCCCUUUAUGAAUCUCGAACAUUUAAACAUUUAAAUUUAAGUACAAUUUAAAGAAUGGAUUUACCUACCUAUUUAUUCUAAAAUUAUACUUCACUCAAAUUUUAUUGAGUUAAACAAUUUAUAUCAAUAAAAUUAUUUGUUUGUUAUUGUUACAUUUUACUCUGCCUAA